CGUUGGCUUGUCAUGUUUUGGUGUACAUGCGGUGGCUUUCCUCGGCGAAAAUCCACAUUUUCCACGCGAUUUCAGUGAUAAAAUGGUGUGUUUUGAGUUAAUGGACACUUCUUGUGUUGACAUAUUGGAUGAGACAGUGAAUAGUGGCAGAAUGCUGGACGAUUCAAGUGAAUUUGAGGAUCUCCUGAUCCGCCAGGUUGCCGGCGGAAGUAUCACGGAUUUCCCCCCUAUUUUCUCACAGGACGAAGAAAACAUCCUUCUUGUGUGGAAUAACACCGUGAGGGUGUUCAAUGUGACCACCGGUGAGUGGGUCCGGGACCUGGAGAAGACAGAUGCGGACCUCGUGGGGAUUGAAUUCGAUCCGACAAACCCCAAAUUGCUGAUUGGCUGCACGAGAAGCGGCGAAGUUGUGACAUGGAAGUGGAAAUCAGGCAUCAAACAUGAGAGAAUCAAUCUCAUGAUCUCUAGUGUGAACUUCUGCGUGAAGUCUUUCAACGUGUUUGAGGGUCAGGAAGGGAGUUUAGAAGCUGUGGUUGUUUAUUUUUACGAUAAGGACUCAAAGAUAAAACUGGACGUCUUCCGACUGACCAAUGGAGAGAGUCUCAAUGCUUUCCCGGCGAAAUUCAAUGCUCUGAAGCCACGUUCUUUCAAGGUCUUCAUGAGCAACCGCCAGAAGAUCUUUGCUCUCAUCCAGCGUCACGUUGUCUAUGUUGGGAAUUUGGCGACGGGGAAGCGCAGAUUCCACAACAAUCCUUACGGUGCCUUCUUCACCACAAUCGCCAUUCAUCCCACAGCGCCAAUCAUCGCCACCGGAGAUUUGGACGGGAAGGUGAUUCUCUGGUCAGACACGGACACUUUCGAUCCCGUGCGAACGGUUUAUCACUGGCACUCGGCGGCCGUGAAGUGCAUCGCCUUCACGGAGUCCGGAUCGCACUUCUUCUCCGGCGGCGCCGAGUGUGUGUUGCUCAAGUGGACACUGAACAGACCAGAGAUGAGGAGCUUCCUGCCGCGCAUGCGAGGAGCCGCUCAUCAUGUCUCCGUCGGGCCGAAGAAUCAGCAAAUUGCCGUGGCGCUGAGUGACAAUGGAAUUCAACUGCUGGACGCCAAUAUGGGAUUGAAGGCUCUGAUUCAGAACUUCUCCCACGUUGCCGAUGACUUGACGGGUGAAAUGCCCUUCCCAGCGGGCCUGAAGAUCAAUCCUCGGAACAAUAGCAUCGUGUUGAACGGACGAACAGGACAUUUGCAGUUCUUUUCGCCGCACACGCGGAGUUUUCUCUACGAUAUCGACAUCACGGGUGAGAAUCAACUCACGCCGGAGCCAAUGAACAUUGUCUACAACACGAGAGUGACAAAAGUGGCGAUUUGCCUGGACUGGAUGGCAACGGCUGAGUGUUGGAAUGAUCAUGAGCACUUCCCACAGACCAGACUCAAGUUCUGGGCUUUCAGUGCUGAGAAGCAGAUCUUCAGUCUGAUGACAGACAUUCAGAUGCCGCACGAAAAGUCCAUCACGGCGCUGGAAUUCUCGGGAAUCUACACGACAGAGAAAGUCGUGUGCGCUUCUGCGGGCGGAGAUAAUUGCGUGAUGACGUGGAAUUGCGAAAGUGCCAGGAAGAAUCCCACUUGGAACAGAGCGGGAAAGAUUAGCUACCGGAAUUAUCCGAUAAAGAGCUUGGCUUUCUCUCAGGACGGCUCUCUUCUGGCCGCAGGAUUUGGGCAUGUUUGCGUGGUUUACACAACUGACGAGCUGAUCAUCAAGGCGAUCUUCAGUGCGCCUUCUGGCCUGGAUGGUGGCAUUGGGAAGGUAUCAGUCUUCUCGCCAGCACCAGAAGAUGUCAAUGGUGAAAGCACGCCGGCGAAGAAGCUGAAGAAGCGCGAUGAGCGUCAGAGACGCCGAGCAAUUGAGUUGAUUCAAGCGUAUUUGGAGCAGAAAAACACUGAAGAUCUCGUGAAGUUCAUCAAAGAUGAAGCUCUUGAGAGCAGAAUGACUUCGUGCAGGAGGAAAAGGGAUCAAAUUGACGAUAAGGAUGUGUUUCAGAAGAUUAUGACACUGAAGGAUUUGAAUUUGGAUCAGAAAUUGGAGAUUUUGCGGCAAUUGGAGAUUUUCUGCAGAGUGAAUAAGCCAUCGAAGGAGCGACUGAAGGAAUUCCUUGAGAAAUCUGAGACACUCUCGCAUGAUUUGGACAAGAUUGUCGAGAAUACUGCUUCACUCUUGGCUGACAAGCACAAGUAUGCGAAGAAAUCUUACUUGUGGCAUCUGAAGAGACGUCGUGAGUGUUAUCAGCGUGGCAAAGAGAGCAAGAAUGCGAAAUUAUCGCAGAUUCUCUUUGGGAGUGUGCAGGAAAAGCCUGUGCAGAAUGGGAAUUCUGGCGGCGAAGCAGCUGAAGAGGAUGGAUUUGGUGCUUUUCCCCUCACGGAAGUGGCGGAAAUUCAAACUGUGACCUUCUCAUGUGCCGAAUUUGCUCAUCUGUUGAUUGUGGCGACGAAGAAUCGCGUGCUGAUCUGGAAUUUGCUCACGCUGAAGCUGCAGAGUGUGCUGAGAGUGUCUGCUGUGUCCGUGAGUGUGGAUAGAGUGUCGGGAUUGUUGGCUGUUUUCACGCGAUACAACAAUCUGUAUGUUUUCCUGCCAAACACACCACUUCCGCUCUAUCAUCGCCGUGAUUUGCCCAACAUCUACGAUGCUGUGUGGAUUCCGAGGCGAGAUCCGCGAAGCACAUCGCUGAACAUCGAUUGGCAGGCGAAUUCGCAGCUGUUCUUCCUCACGGAGCAGCAGCAAUUGCUGCAAAUGGUGGCGCAAAAUGACGAGGAUGACUUGUCGCCGAUGGUCACGUUCCUCAGCGAGGCGAACACUGUGCACAAUUACACGCCGUUCGGCGCGAUGAUCGCCAAGCAGAUGCAGCAGAAGGCGCAACACGGCGGCGUCGCACUGCCGACGGGAAUUCUCGGGAAGUCAGAUGUGAACGAGCUUAUCAACUCAAUACCACAUGCGAUGGCUCCGGUGCGAUUGCUGAGCAAGAGCUUCCUCAAAUCUCUGCUGAUAACGACGACGACGACGAUGAAGAAGAAGGCGGAGAGCGACGAGAAGUUUGACAAACAGUCACCGGUUGAGUCCGCGAGUGUGCCGAUGGGCGAGGAGGAGGCCAGAAUCGAGGAGAGGGUGGAGAAGAUGAAGAUGCGCGAGAUGAGGAAUAGCGAAAAGGGAAGAGUGAGCGAGAACGAGGUCAGUCGCGAUGAUAAAUUGAAUCAAAUUGCCAAAAGUUGCGUGCAAUUCGAGAUGUGAGAGUGGCGGAAUAAACAUGAGAUCUUGUGAGAA